AUGCCGGUCUCCCAUCUUACUCUGACCGUCUCGAACCUCCCCACCUCUACCUCCUUCUUUCUCUCAUGUCUUCAGCCGUUGGGAUACUGUUUCAUGGGCCGCCAUGAAAACAGCGUCGGAUUUGGUACCGAGCCAGGCAAGCCUGCGGAUUUCUGGAUCGCAGAGGAGAGGCCAGGGUAUAUCCCCAACUACCUCAGUGCUUUCUUCAUUGCAGCAUUAAAGGCCGGAGGGAAAAUCCACGGCGAGCCAUGCGUGCGGGACGCAGAGCGGGGCUACUUCAGCGCUGCCGUGAUCGACUUUGAUGGUAACAGCAUCGAGGCCGUCCACCGCAAUGAGACCGGUAGCGUUGCCCCCAGCCGUAGAGGGAGUGUCGCCAACGAAAAGGCUCUCUCCGUCGUCUCCAGGCAUUCUACAGCUAAAUCGAGGGCCAUGACCGUCGCUCCACCAAAGUCAGAAGUCAGCGUUGCCAAAUCCAGAGCAAUGACUGUUGCUCCUCCAAAGUCGGAAGUCAGCUCUGCUUCGACCGCCAGAAGGGCUUCGAAGUCCGUCAUGGCUCCAGCACCACAGCCGGAACCGCGCCAGGAACUGCGGCAGCAACCUAGACACGAGCCAAGACAGGAGACCACCAACGUCCACUACAUCGUCACCAAGGAGAAGAGCGGUGACAAUUUGUCUGGUGCAAAGGCCGUUGUGGGUACUUUACUUGGUGCUGCUGCCGGGGCUGCACUUGCAUAUGCCAUGGUCAAAGGAGACUCACAGUCCCAGAAAGAGACCGUCACUCCUGUCACCGCCACCAGGUACAUCGAAGCCCCCCAGUCCAGCCCCUCCGCCUCUGGAGGUGCCUACCGCGGCAUCGAGCCGGGCCAGCAGCAAGGCCAACUCGAAGACGGGUACGCUAGAAGCGCCGCAUCCAAGAACCCCUGGGCCAGCACCGUUUUUGACGGACUAGAGCAGACCAGCCGCAUCCUCGAGCAGGCCAAGAGCUUCACCGGUAGUGCUGCCGCUGCUGGCUUCAUUCCUGGUGCUGGCGGAUCAACCUCCGGCUCAGAACGCCGUCCUUCCAAUGGCAGCGUAUACAGUGCAUCGGGAGAAUUAGAAAUCCGUGCCAUCGAGUGCGUCCCAGGCGGAGAAGACAAUCGAUCUUCCUACUCACGCUCAUACCCUUACCAACCCAGCACGUUCAUCAGCAGCUUCCACGACCACCCGGAUCAUCGUGACCGCGGCGAUGCUGGCAGUGCCUGCAGCUCUGGAAGCUGCUGCUCACAGCGACGGUCCAGCCACAGCCAGAAGCACCUAGAGGGUGGCAACUACUACGCAAAGAGCGCUGCAUCCAGCCAUGCCUCGACCAUCAAGCCGAAAUCCAAGGCAAAAUCCCAGUUCUCAAGCCAUUCGAGCCACCAUUCCAAACGGUCUUCUGCCUCUGCCGUCAACAAGGAACGGAGCAUGCGCACCAUCGAGGAAGACUACGGCUACGACUUCGAAAUGCCUGCUGGAAGCGUCCACUCCACGCACUCGGCCCGCAACAUCCCUCUGCCAGCAGGCUCCACCACCACCGUCUCGAAGCUAUCCAUCCGCUCCAAACACUCCCACCACUCCAGCCACAGUAAACAUUCCCACCACACCCAUCAUGACCCUUCUUCGUCCCGCCGCUCAUCUGCUUCCAGUCACCGCUCAGCCCACAAAAUCCCGCUCCCGCCCAGCGUAGCUGGCGCCAGCACCAUCUUCCUCGACGGCGGCGUCGACGUAGACUCCCAUGUCACCCCGCGACCCCUGUUUGAAGGCGAGCACUCCUCACGAGCCCCGUCGAAGAAGUCGAAACACAAGCGCUCAAAGAUGACGAAGCAGAAGAGAAGGAGGAACCCAUAUCCCAACUCGAGACAGUUGGGAUGUUUACCCCGUUUUGCCCAGUGA